CGGGACGUGUAGAAUUUAAUUUCACCGUACAAGUGUUGGAAUAAGACCGACGUGUCAGCUAGCUUGAAGUAAAAUCUCAUUACUGCUUCGAUUCAAGUCUCUUGCAAGCACAUAAAUAAAACAGUUGCGCUAUUUCGUCCAAAAGUCUGAAUUCUAAUUUAAAAUGCCUGUGCCAGCAAGUUCAACAACUGUCGGAAGUGGGACUCGAUCACCCAGCAAACUAACAGCUCCUCGUGCAAGUGCCGGUGGAAGUAAUCUGAAGCAACGGAAGACCACAACCACUACAGCAGCCAGAAAUCGUACAACUGGCACUGGUUCUGGUGGUAUGUGGAGAUUCUACACAGACGACUCACCCGGAAUUAAAGUAGGUCCAGUCCCAGUUCUUGUGAUGUCGCUCGUCUUUAUUGCUUCCGUAUUUAUGCUACACAUUUGGGGCAAAUACACUCGCGCUUAAAAACAACAACUUUUUUUUCGUUUGUAUCUAUCGCAUAGAAUAUUAUUCCAAUCAAUCAUUCUCCUUGGUUUCUAAUUACGUUUUUCUUUUUGUAUUUUUCAUUCGGAAGUGUAUGAUGAGUAAAUGAAUUGUUGUCCGGCUACGUACAAUGAACAAGAUAUUUAUCAUUAAAUAAGGAAAAAAAUUGAAAAA